GUACUAGAGCUGAUAACGACCUUUAUAUAAACCAGGCCAUAGUAUUUAUUGAAGAUGCAAUACAGUAUCGAUCUAUAAAUCACCGUGUGGACUCCAAAUCCUUGUGGCUUUAUCGAUGGUACUAUUCAAGAAUUUGCCAGUGGAUUUUGAGUUUAACCAUUACUAUAAUCCUGGCUUUGGCUUUCUUAGAAAAGCCUUCUUCGCUUACUAUCACGUCAGACGUACGAUACCGUCUUCCUGCAUGGAAUCCUCCAUGUGGCCUAACAGAAAGCAUUGAGCUGCUUUGCUUUCUUGUGUUCAUGAUUGAUGUAUCCGUGAAGAGUUACUUAAUUGGAUGGGAAGAAUUUUGGAAAAAUAAAUGGCUGGUGGCUUAUAUACUGACAUUAAUUGUUUCCCUUACUGAUUGGAUUGUAUCGCUGAGUUUUUUCUGCACAGAGAAUGUGAGAAUAAGAAGAAUUCUUCGUCCUUUCUUUCUCCUUCAGAAUUCUUCUAUGAUGAAGAAAACCUUAAAAAGUAUCAACAGCACAUUGCCUGAAAUGGCAAGUGUUGUUUUACUACUAGCUGUUCAUCUGUCUCUCUUUACCAUGUUUGCCAUGCUGCUGUUUGCUCGAACAAAGGAUGGCCAGCAGGAUAAGGAGUGGGUGGGGUAUUUCCGGAAUUUGCCAGAUUCACUGACAUCGCUGCUGGUCCUGCUAACUACUGCAAAUAAUCCUGAUGUGAUGAUUCCUGCAUAUUCUAUGAAUAGAGCAUAUUCAAUCUUCUUCAUACUCUUCACUGUAUUAGGCAACUUGUUUCUGAUGAACUUGCUUACAGCAAUAAUAUACAACCAGUUUCGUGGAUACCUUUUGAAAUCGGUUCAGUCCUCCCUCUUCAGGAGGCGACUGGGAAUCCGGGCUGCGUUUGAAGUGCUUUCUUCCCUGAGAGAGGCUCCUGCUAAUGCACAACAGUCGCAUGUCAGUACUGGAGCCUUACUACGAGUGCUACAGAAAGUUGAAAUGGAUUCUCGUUGCAAGCAAGCCAUCAUGAGAUCACUCAAAAUGUGCUCCUGUGACCAGCUGUCAGCUGCCCAGUUUCAGAAGCUCUUUGAAGAACUAGACAAAGAUGCCAUUAAGCAACAUCCUCCCAGUCCAGAGUACCAAUCCCGUUUUAUGCAGAAAAUGCAGUUUGCCUGUGGCCAUCCCUACUUUGGCUACUUGGGGAAUGUUGUAGCCCUUGCAAACAUUGUGUCUAUCUGUGUGGUUUUGGUGAUGGAUGCAGAUAAGCAGCCUUCUGAAAGAGAUGAUUUCUUCCUGGGGGCUAUCAACUGCUUCUUCAUCUUAUAUUACCUGCUGGAAAUGUUGCUGAAAAUCUUAGCAAUGGGCUUGAAAAGAUACUUGUCAUACCCAAGCAAUAGAUUUGAUGGACUUCUGACUGUAAUUUUGCUGGUUUUGGAGAUAGCAACUUUUGCUGUGUAUGGAUUUCCUCAUCGUGGUUGGAGACCCGAGUUCAUGGGCUUGUUAUCCUUGUGGGAUAUGGUGCGAUUGGUGAAUAUGUUCAUUGUGUUCAGGUUCCUGCGGAUUAUUCCUAAUAUGAAGUUCAUGGCUUUGGUGGUUACUACAUUGCUGGAUCUGGUAAAAAACUUGAGAGCCUUUGCAGGAAUCCUUGUGGUGGUUUUCUAUGCAUUUGCUAUAACUGGCAUAAUGCUAUUUAAAGGUGCUGUUGUUCCCUUGGGAAAUACCAGUGCUGUCAAUACAACGUACGGUAAUGGAACUCUGCAGUGUGGGACCUACGAACAGCUGGAAUAUUGGCCGAACAACUUUGAUGACUUUGCUGCAGCAGUGGUGACCCUCUGGGAUGUGAUGGUGGUGAACAACUGGCAAGUCUUUUUGGAAGCGUUUUCAAGAUACUCAAGUCCGUGGGCAAAGAUCUAUUUUGUAACCUGGUGGUUGAUCUCCUCUGUCAUCUGGGUUAAUCUCUUUGUAGCUUUACUUCUGGAGAAUUUUAUUCACAAGUGGGACCGUCGCUGUCAUCGAGAGCCUCUUUCGGAUAUUGAAUACCAGAGGACAGUUGAACUAAUGUUCAGAGAUGUUUUGGAAGAACCUACAGAGGAAGAGCUGAUGGAAAAACUGCUCCAGCAUCCACACCUGCAGUUAUGUAGGUGA